AUGCUCUCCUCACCCACUGUGAUCCUCCAGCCUUAUGGACUCCCCGUCUACCCACAGACAACCACAUGCUAUCCCAGCAUAGUUCAGGGGGGUCCCACACAGGAGGGAGGCCCUGGCAGUGGAGACCCCUCCCUGCAACAGGUCUACGCUCCACCCCCCUCUUACCCACCACCUGGUCAAGCUCCACCAACAUCUGCCGGCAGACUUCCAACCCUUGAUUUCACCUCAGCGCAUCCCAGCGCAGAGUACCCGGAACAUGCCCAGCUCAGAGUGUAUCAGGGCCCUCAGCUCGAAGGGGCCGACUCACUGACGUCCGGCAACACGGAGGACGCUUUGGCCCCUGUGGCGUCUGACCCCCAGUCUCUCAGCGUCUCUGUGUCGUCUGGUGGCGGAGCCGGGAGCGGAAGUGAGGAGGAGGGCUCAGGUAAAGCCCAACCCAAACGCCUCCAUGUCUCCAACAUCCCUUUCCGCUUCAGAGACCCAGACCUGCGUCAGAUGUUUGGGCAAUUUGGCAAGAUCCUUGAUGUAGAAAUCAUCUUCAAUGAGCGGGGGUCAAAGGGGUUUGGAUUUGUGACCUUUGAGAGUGCGACCGAGGCCGACCGAGCAAGAGAGAAGCUGAACGGGACGAUCGUAGAGGGGAGAAAGAUUGAGGUAAAUAAUGCCACCGCAAGGGUGGUUACUAAGAAGCCUCAGGCGCCUCUUGUAAACAGUGAAAUUUCAACAUCUGGGUGGAAGAUCAACCCCGUCAUGGGGGCGAUGUACGCUCCUGAGCUCUAUACAGUUGCCAGUUUUCCGUAUCCUAUGGCGACGCCCACCCUGGCGUACCGGGGCUCUGCGCUGCGCGGCCGAGGCCGAGCCGUCUACAACACCAUUCGCUCGGCCGCUGCUGCAGCCACACCCACGGCCAUGCCCGCCUACCCCGGGGUGGUGUACCAGGACGGACUGUAUGGAGCAGAGGUUUAUGGAAGCUACCCCGCCGCGUACAGGGUGGCUCAGUCAGCAUCCGCUGCCACAGCAACCUACAGUGAUGGAUACGGGCGGGUUUACGCCACAGCGGCGGAUCCCUAUCACCACUCGGUCGGACCGACGACGACGUACGGCGUUGGUACCAUGGCCAGUUUGUACAGGGGAGGAUACAACCGCUUCACCCCCUACUGAACCGUCCACGAGGGGGAGGGGGGGGGGGUGUAUCUCUCAUGAACUCUGAUACUGACAGGUUAUGGGAUCUUUAACCUCUCCAUCACAACCCCCCCCUCCCGACAGACUGGAGUUAUAAACCCUGCAGGACCCCCAUACCCGACAAUUCUGCUGAGGCACACUGAAGAAGAAGUUCCGUAAUUUAUAGACCGUUGCUUGAAACUUUAGCUGAGUGUUGUUUUAUGAAUACAAAGAGUAUCUAAUGCUACAGAUGUAGCAGGAGGAAGAAAUACUGUGAGAAUGACUUCUGUGUUUAAAAUCGAACAGUUUCAGGUGUCAAAGUGUACAAAAGAGCGGUUUGUACGCCGUUCAACGACUUACUCUUGAUGGAGGUCAUUUACUACAUCUGUUUGUGAGUGUGUGAGUGUUUGCGUGUGAGUGCGUGAGGUUACAUUGUUCAGUUACUCAGUCGAGUGAGAGACAGCUGUGACACUGGCAUCACCAUCCCGACCUCAGAGCUGCCGUUUGUCUGGAUGUGGCUGGUGUAGCUUGAUAUUUUCUCGUUCAAACAAUCUACCUCUCAGACAUUUUUAGAUUUCCAUACAGUUGUUGGGAUGCAGAACUUGUGAUUUAUUUUCCUUUCCAACUCUUCGUCCACAUCUAGUCUCAAUUCAGUGUCUGUGGCUGACGCUAGGCUGUCACACACAAAGGCCUCACUGGAGGGCACCACAUCAGGACAGUCUCAGUUUUCUGACCAUCUUCUUGUCAUUUGCUGCAGCGGGUACCUUUGGCUAUCUCCUCGUCCUGUAUUUCCCGCCUCUUUGCUCCCUCACAACUCACCUCUUGUAUCUACGACUUCUCCUCGCGCCUGUAAUAUUUGCUGUUUCGCUCUUUUUCCGGCUUUGUUUGAUGUUUACCUCUUUGAAUAAAACUGUUUUUCCCUCUAUUCUCUUCAACUGUUGUGAUUCUUCUU